AUGGCGACGUUUGAGCUGUACAGGAGAUCGACGAUUGGCAUGUGCCUGACGGAGACACUUGACGAGAUGGUUUCGAGUGGUGUUCUUAGCCCUGAGCUUGCCAUUCAAGUCCUUGUUCAAUUUGACAAGUCGAUGACUGAAGCAUUGGAAAGCCAGGUGAGGAGCAAGGUUUCUAUAAAGGGACAUCUUCACACCUACAGAUUCUGUGACAACGUUUGGACUUUCAUCGUACAAGAUGCUCUGUUGAAGAGCGAAGAUUUCGCGGAGAACGUUGGUCACAUGAAGAUUGUGGCAUGCGACUCGAAGCUGCUUACUCAGUGA